AUGUUUGGCAUUCAUGACUUGCCUGCUCAAGGUGUUUUAAGUGGAUGUACCACUCAUGGCUACUGUGCGUGUGUUUGCUGCGUAGACGAAACUCGAAGUACUUAUCUAGGUUACGGCAACAAGAUUGUGUACACUAAAUAUCGUAUAUUCCUUAAGUCAAGGCACCCAUUUAGGGAUGGGACUCUUUUGGUAUUAGAGACACAAGAGCAUAAAAGUGCACCGCUGAGACUAACAGGAGCGCAGUCGCUUGAGAAGUUGGCCGAUGUUCGUUACGAACCUGGUAAGUUAGUUGUCCGCAGGACAUGUAAACGAAAGAGAUAUCAGUCUGAUGAAGAGGAAGGUGAUUCUGAGCUUGUCACAGGAGAGAAAGACUUGCGUAAUGCGCUUCAACAAGUCAGUUUGUAUUUUAGAAUUUUGUGCUCAAAGGUGGUUAGCAGAGAGUAUCUGAACCAGGCUAAGUGGAUGAUCGCAGGGGAAAUGUGUGUGCUCGAAAAGUAUUUCCCGACUGGACUUUUUGAUAUAAGCGUGCACAACAUGGUUCAUUUGGCUGAUGAGGCCUUAGUUUGUGGACCUGUUAGGUAUCGAUGGAUGUACCCAUUCAAAAGCGCAAUGAAGGAGUGCAAAAACACCAUAAAUAACAUCAUAUACAUUGAAGGGUCAAUUACGAAGUCGACUGAAAUGGAUGACUGUGUUAGAUUUGCCAUGGAGCACAUGAAAAAUGCUGAUCAAGAAGGUCACAAAGCAAAUUUGGAGACCUUCUUAAAGGAUGAACAUGAAUUCAGCGAUGUGGGUUCUCUGCUUGAUGAAAAGCCGGUUCAGGUGAGCACUAUUCAGUGUAUGCAGAUACGUCGGUGGGUAAUUUUUAAUCCAGAAGGUCUCGAUGUUUAUUACAGGUAUUAUUGCGAGAACUGUGAAGCUGAUGGGGUUGCAAUGGAGGAAGUCGACAUGCAAACCAAGUUCCUUAGUUGGCAAGAUUUGUGGCGUUACGUUAGAGGUCCAGUGUCUCAGAAAGAGUACAAAAGAUACUGUGUGAAUGGAUUUAGUUUUUGUUCCCAAGCAAACCAGGAAAAAGCUAAGACCCAGGACAGUGGUGUCACCGUGGUUGCAUCAACCACUUUUAGGAGCUCGAAAAGGGACAAAAGACCUGUUACUAACCUAACCCGGUGGUAUGGGGUGAUCAGACAAAUCCUGGAGUUGAACUAUGGUACAUUUAAAGAAACUGUCUUCUUCUGUGAUUGGGUGAAGGUAAAUAAUGGAAUAAAGAUCUGUCAGGAUUCAGAUUUUCCUUUGGUCAAUCUUUCAAUAUUGAAAAGUCAUACCAACAUUUCGGACGAGCCCGUGAUUCUCGCUGAAGAGGCUACCCAAGUUUUCUACUCUAGAGACGUGAAACAUCCAGAUUGGUGGGUUGUUAUUCAUAGGCCGAGAGGAAUGAAUGCAGAUGUGGACAAAGCAGAGAUACCAGGUCGCGACAGUUUUCAAGAUAUUUUAGCAGAGGAACCACAUCUACGUAAAUUGAUGGAGAAAAAGCGUGUCUCUAGAACAAAGAAAUGA